AUGAACGGGUCAGCUCAAGGUCUAAGAGGCCUCGUCCACUCGGUCUCAUACCCGACUUCCAAUCAGAGCUAUGCGUCAGACCAGCAGACACUGAGAGACCUGUACAAGGAGCCCGAGUUCUUCCUAGCUCUACAGGAGCUUGCUGCGGACCGCACUCUGUCACAGCCAGAACGUCUGCUGGCUUCCAUCAUAUCAGGCCGGGAGCUGAAGACCAAGUGGAGAGUCAAGACCCUUGUACCGGAAGCUCGCAAGCCAGAUGCGAGGCAGCGUCUUUUCUCCUUUCUGGAGGAGGAAGACUUUCAGAUCGCUCGCCCUCAGCUCUCACUCCUGGUCUCUGUCUCGCGUAUCGAACUCCCUCGCAUCUUUCCCAACCUCCCUCAGCUCCUGCUCAAUCCGCUCCUCACUUCGCUCUCCCAACUCACAGCCUCUGGAACAUCUUCUUCCACCGCUACUGUCCUCCUCAAUACCGUAUGGACCAUUAACGCCCUCGUCAAGGAAUGGCGCUCGGUCAAGAUCGCUUCGGGCCAGGAGGUAAUGCGGAUGCUGGAGGAUACAUUCGCAGAACCGGUAGGGAGGAUGCUGGGUAUCUGGUCUGAAAGGGAGAGGAAUGGUCUGGAUGAUUGGGUGAUCAGCGAAGCGGGUCGAUAUGCCUUCAAAAUCCUCGCUCGGUUCGGUCAAUGGCAUUGGAGCAAGGCUCAGAACCUACAGAUGCCCGAGGGGAUCCAACGUAUACAAGGACUCGUCCAGCACACCGCUGCCCACGCUCCCAUACUCCACGCCCACCGCCUUCGCGUCAUCUACAACGCUGAUAGCCCUCCCGCCGGCGCUGACAGAGCGAAGUUACUCCAUUCGUUGCUCAAGCACUUGCGUGCUACUGGGAAGUGGUGGAGAACGAUGAUUGGGAUUGAUCCAAAACGAUUCUGCGCAAUGGAGGGUGUGACAUCGGGAAUAGGAUGGUGGUGGGGCGAGGUGGGAGGCGUGGUGGCUGGAAGUGAUGGAGCUGUCGCGAAUGAAGAUACGGAUGACGUUGCAUACCCUAAACGCUUCCUCCUGCUGGGCAUGCUGCUGUUCAAGGAUAUUCUGCCUAUACUUUCAGCUGAACAUCCGGCUAUCUUUACUCGCGAUUUCGUUCUGUCGGCCCUACAUCUCCUCAUCGACAAGCUCUUACCGCUGACAUCGACCGACCUCGAGGGGCUGGAGGACGAGCCAGAGGAAUGGCUGAUCUCGGAGAGCGUAGAUGAGGAGGCCUGGCAGUUUGAGUUCCGCCCCUGCGCGGAAAGGGUCCUUAUGGCCCUCAACAAUGCUUGUCGGUCCUUUCCGGCCGAGCAGAAAGUCAUGGAGCCUGAAAUGCUCAAGGUGUUCCACCAGGCUGAGACGUUGCCACCGGACGAUCUUCGAGCGAUCCUUCGCCGGGAAGCCGUCUACUGCGCUCUUGGCCGUCUCAGUCGAUCUUUGAGCACAUAUGGCGGUCUCGACUUCAAUGCCUUCCUUACCCACACCUCGUCGUGGCUUACUCAAGGAAUACCACUGCAUCGGAUACUGAAACGACGCCUUGCCUGGCUUAUCGGUCAAUGGGUCUCGUCCGAUGAAGAGUGCGCGAAACUCCCGAUAGUUUGGCAGACCCUCAUUCACCUCAUUGCGGAGCGCGGAGAGGCUAGCGAUAUGGCCGUACGGCUCAGCUCAGCUAUCGCCAUCAAGGAGUGUGUCGAUUUGUGGGAAUUGGAGAUUGUAUAUUUCGAGCCGUAUCUGGAACAGACUGUGACUCAGCUCAUCAACCUCAUGGGCGAAGCUUCGACACUUGGCGGCAAGAGGUAUCUCAACGAGACCAUCAGCGUUGUCAUUGAACGCGUCGAGGGAAAAAUCAUGCCAUACCUCCCAACAUUAGCUCAGGCUAUUCCCGGACUCUGGCAUGGCGCUGGCGGUUUAGAAGGGGAAUGGCUCUUCAAAGCGUCUUUGGUUACCCUUACGACCAACAUCGUCAAGGCUGCCAAGGGAUCAUCCGGUAAUCUGAUGGAGCUGGUCAUUCCGCUCAUCGAGGAGAGUCUGCAGUCGCCCGCGAAGGACUUUUUCGAGGAGGAUGGGAUCGACCUAUGGCAGGCAGGUAUGUAUAACUGCACUUCACUGUAUCAGCCAACUCGCGAGACUGGCUUAAUACGCCUGUUGCCUGGUCUCACUGUUGGUUUGGAGAGCAAUUUCGACUUGAUGAUGUCCUUCCUCAAGCUAUUGGACUCGUAUAUCCUCCUCGACGCGCCUGGGAUUCUGCAGCUGCAUGGUGCGGCAAUCUGCACCGCCCUACAAACAGGCUUGACAUGGGCCAAGCGCAAUGUCGACAAUUCCAAACGCCUCCUCUCCACCCUCGCCCUCCUCGUUCGGACCGCCCCCAUCGCCAUCCUCGCUCCCCUCCUAAUCACCUCAGGUCUCUUCACCUUCACCCUACACGCGCUGGAAGACGACAAGGCGGCGGGUCUUGUGCUCGCCGCGCACCUGGAAGUGCUCGCGCGCCUAGCGAUGUCCGACCCGGCAGUCUUCUUGCAGAUGGUGGCGGAGAUAGCGAGGAUGGAGAAUCGGGAUGGGCACAAGACGCUAGAGGAGACACUAGAUGCGAUGUGGCGGAACUUUGAUUAUGUCGCGGAUGCGAGGAGUCGGAAGGCUAUUGCGAUGGCUGCUGGGUCGCUGUUGACCACUGGACAUCAGCAAUGUUUGGAACGGCUCGAUGGGGAGUUUAUGAACAUCUUCCUCGAUGUUUUAGGAGAAGUACAGGCGUCUCAGGAGGAUGGAGGCGGCACAGAACCAUCUGUCCGCUCUUGGAAGGACGAGCAUUCGACAGAAUGGGCCGAGAUAGACGGCACCUCAGAAGGCGCUCGACGACUUCAGGUGGAAGACACGGAUCCCGCCUUUGCCAUCCCGAUCAAGGCGUACAUUAUCGACUGCUUACAACGGACCCAGGCGGUCGGUCUGGGACCGUACUGGGAGAAGGCGGAUGCGGGGGCGAGGAAGAGUCUGGAGAAGUUUUUGGCGUAA